AUGCAGCCAUCCGGCCUAACGCGGCUCAAAGGGGAAAGGCGGCCACCGCCAAGUGUGGCGACGCUGUGCGGGACGCGGGAUCUACGGGUGGAGACCACCCUGCCCACCGUCAGGGCCGCCAGCCUCCGGCCUCUGGGCGCCUCCCUGACCCCGUGCCUGAGGCUCAGCCCCGGCCAGCGUGGCACAGAGCAGCGGGCAUGUGAGGACACAGAGGAGGCACUGUCCGCACACCCACCGGCACCCCGAUCUCCGACGUCCAGCCUCCAGGACUAUCGGCUGGCUGGUUCGUCAGGGAACAAGACGGAGACGUCCCCCACGGAGGGUGUGGGCCAGUGGGGUACGCAGGCGGUAACCAUCUGGGACGCGGUGACCGGAGGCCGGCGCGUCGUUUCCGGACCAGCGGAGGCGCAGCGGCACGCCGCGAACCGCGACAGCCGCUCGCGGAGCGCACUCCGGCUCCGGGCUGUGGGUCUGUCGGUCGGGCCCGGAGCGCAGUCCGUGUGUCCCGCGCGGGACCCGCCUCCUCCGCCCGGGACCGUUCGCAUCCAAUUAGGCGCGCGCGCUAACGAGGGCGGCGGAGCCCGCGGCCGCCUGCGGGCGCACGUGUGUGCGGCGAGUGGGCGCGUGGGCGCCGCCGGCGGGGCCGCCAUAAAUGAGCGGGCCGGGCGCGGCGGGCGCCUGAGGCGGCGGCGGCGGCGCCAGGCAGCACCGGCCGAGCGCGGGGCGGCACGGGGAGCGAGCCGAGCCGCGGCCGCCGGCACGACACCGUGCGGCGUCGCCCGGGCCGCCGGGGAUGGGAGCCCACUGCCCGCCUUCCCGCGGGCCGGAGCCCCGCCGCUCGCCGCCAGCGACACGGUGCCCGCGGCGCCCGAGGGGGCUGGGGCGGCCCGGCCCGGCCCGCCGCCGCGCCCCACCUCCUUCUCGGUGCUGGACAUCCUGGACCCCAACAAGUUCAACAGCAGAAGACGCCGCUGUGUGCUGCUGGGCCCCGUGGCGCCCGCGGCGUGCGCCCCGGCCCCCGCCGCCCCGGGACGCCCGCCGCGCUCAGAGGAGCCGGAGCGCCGUGCCCUCGCCGCCGCCGGAGGAGCUGGAGCCGGUACCGGAGCUGAGCCGCCGCACGCCGGCGACCCCUGCAAGGCGGACGAGGCCGAGGCCAACGGCUACAGCAGCGGCGGUGGCCGCAGCCCGAGCGGGGACGAGGCGCCCGACGACGAGGACGAGGACGAGGACGAGGCGCCCGAGGCGGGGGCGGCGCGCGGCGCUGAGGCGCGGGGAGGCGGCAGCGGCCUCGGGGCCCGCGGGUCGGGCUGCCAGGGCGAGGCCGAGGCGCCCCCAGGCGCUGUCGAUGAGGCCGCUGUCCCCGGCCCCCGUGGGAACUCGCCCGGAGCCCCGGGCCCGCCGGGAGCCUCGGCGGCGCCCGGGGACGCGGGGACGACCCCGCAGGGCGCGGCGACGGCGACGAAGCCCAAGCGGAAGCGCACAGGCUCCGACUCCAAGUCCGGGAAGCCGCGGCGCGCGCGCACCGCCUUCACCUACGAGCAGCUCGUGGCGCUGGAGAACAAGUUCAAGGCGACGCGCUACCUGUCGGUGUGCGAGCGCCUCAACCUGGCGCUGUCGCUGAGCCUCACCGAGACGCAGGUGAAGAUCUGGUUCCAGAACCGCCGCACCAAGUGGAAGAAGCAGAACCCGGGCGCCGAUACCAGCGCGCCGACAGGCGGCGGAGGGGGACCGGGGCCGGGUUCCGGGCCGGGUGCGGGGCUGCCCGGUGGCCUCAGCCCGCUCAGCCCGUCGCCGCCCAUGGGUGCGCCGAUCGCCAUGCACGGCCCGGCCGGGUACCCGGCGCACGGCCCCGGCGGCCUGGUGUGCGCCGCGCAGCUGCCCUUCCUGUCGAGCCCGGCGGUGCUGUCGCCCUUCGUGCUGGGCUCGCAGACCUACGGCGCGCCCGCCUUCUACGCGCCGCACCUCUGA